AUGGGAAAGACUAAAAUCAACAAAUUCAAACGGCCAUCGUUUUCUCCCGAUGGUCUUUCAUCAACUCCUGUUAAACAGACUGGGGACGAAUCAGAAGAUGAAGACUCUCCGGCGGCGGAGCUGCUCGAUAAAGUACAGCAGAGUCAGACGAUCCCAGGAUUCCUCCAGAGAGAUGCAGUCAGGAAAAUAGGACCUUUACUGCUGGACCGCAGCCUGGCGGUGAGAGAGACUGCUGCUGGAGCACUCAGAAAUCUUAGUGCCUGCGGAGGCCCUGAAGUGUGUGAGGACAUGGUGAGACAGGAUGCGCUGACGCCUCUGUCUGCUCUCCUGAGGGAGUGCUGCACUGCCUUUGACGUGAGCUCUUCUCCUACUGUGAAAGGACAGAAACACAUGGUGGAAGACGUCGCCAAUGAGGCUGUAAACUUGCUUUGGAACCUCUGUGAGAGCAGCAGCACAGCUGUGUCAGUGUUUAACAAGACUGGACUUCUAGAUGUUCUUCUACACUGUCUACAGAGACACCCUCAGAAUAUGGAGCUGGCAAUAUCAGCAGCCCACUGCUUGCACACAGUAACAGAAGAGAACGCAGAGCUCGCGCGCAGUGUGAAUGCAGCCGUGUUUGGGGUCUUGGAAAACAUUAUGUUCUCCACUCACAGCAGUAUGGAAUACACUCUCCUGCGAUCGCUGGCUGCAGGCUCUUUAUGGAAUCUGAAGAGCGGUCUGUCUUCAGCACAGCAGUCUCAGACGUUGACGGCGCUGGCCACCACUCUCUCACACAGCCUCAUUCUGGAUGCGGGAGAGCUCAUCCCAGAGCUGUGGCGUGCAGAGUCUGCCCGUCUGUCCAAAGAGACCACAUCUGCAGCGGAGUCAGAUCAUACAGACGAACGCCCCGCAGGUCACGAGGCCGAAGAUAUGGAGGAGGACGUGAGAGGUGAAAAGAUGAAUGGAGGAAAGCCUAAUGGACAAAUGUCAAAAACAAAAAAUGACAUCUCAGAUCUGUUGCCUAGAGACAGACUGGAGUUGCGAGGGGCCAAAGCAUUGCUGUCAGCACAGCAGACAUCACUGGAGAUCAUCGUCAACAUGUGCUGUUCUGAUGAGCCCUCAGAUGACGAGUGGGAGGAGAUGUCCAGCAGCGAUGAGAGCGAGAUGUGUGCUGAUGGGAUGUCAUCAGUGAAGGCAUUAAAGGAUGAGGAGUUCCUGGAGGCUGUGACCAGUGCUCUUCGUUCUCUACUAAAGAUCAUGGCUACCAAAAACAUCCCUCAGUGUAUGACUCCACACCAGCUUAUGAGUUUUUGUGAGGCUGCCACCAGCUGUGAGCUGGUCAGCGUGAGAGUUAAUGCUCUGGCCGUUCUCGGUAUCACAGGAAGCUCUCUUGCCAAAGAGAAAAACACAGCAGACACUCUACAGUUGAUUGGAAAUGCAUUACUGAAUAUCGCAAUGAAGGACUCAAACCUGGUAGUGUGCGGGGAAGCGCUGGAUGCGCUCUUCGAUGUGUUUGCAGAUGGCGAUGAAGCAGAGAAAGCUGGAAAAAAUAUUAACCUGCUUUCAUCUCUUAAAGCACUUCAGCCAGGGUUUAGAGCUAAGCUGCGAAAAGAAGGCAAAGGAAAAUACAGCCCUGAUCAGCUUUGUGUUCUGGACAACAUAAGGAUCAACCUGAAGAGAUUCAUCAGCUACUCGGAGAACCUGCAGAGAAAAUGAGAUUUCAGAGAUCAGUAGCACAAAUUCUCUGCAAACAUCUCGCCUUGUUUUAUUUAGCAUUUUCUGUCCAUACUCCUCUCUGGUUUUCUUUUGGUUUUAUUGUAAUGUGAGAGUGUUUAUGUGCGGAAAUUAAGAUAAAAAAAGUUUGUAAAACCAAACAUAUAUAUAUAAGUGCUUUAAUUAAAGCAUAAACUAUCA